AAUGCUCAGUAAAUCAUUGUAGAGGCAAAAAAGGGUCUUGUAAGAUAAGACAAUCCCACAGUUUCUACAUGUUUGGGUAUGAUUUAUUUUUCUUAUUUGUACUGGAAGAUUUGCUUUUGACUAAUAGCAGAUCAAUAACUGUGAUUCAAGUUACACAAAGAUUAAUAUAAAUGCAAAAAAACUAAGAAAUGAGAAUAUUUUAAUUUUUUUAAGAUUAUGUUAUUAAUCUGUAUAUAAAAUGCUGCCCUAAAAGAUGAAAAAGUGUCUGUCUGCCUCAAACUUGCAGGUCAGUGGUCCGCCCAAAGUCGUGCAGACGGCCGCAAAUGGCCCCGGGCCGCAAUUUGGACACCCCGGUAGUAUGUGGCGCUGUACGGUUUUCUCUGUUCUGUCACUUUAAACCAUCCUUUCGGUUCCUCGGUGGUCUAAGUAGAGAGUUCAUAAAGAAGAUAGCGGGCCAGUAAUACGUCACGCCCUUACGCUAGUUUUUUUUUUUUUUUUUCUGUCAUAAAUGCACCUGAGCCAUAAACGCAGUUGUCCUCCUUUCUUUGAACGCACCAGUUGAUCUCCGCUGUGGAGCUGAGAGCGCCUCGUCAAAACGCAGCGUCGGACACGUUGACCAGCGUCGGAAAAAGACAAGGAGAAGAAGAAAAGACGCAUAUACCGGGUUAUAUGUCGGUCUGAUUCUAUUUUCACCGGAAUAACUUGUCCGUGCAUCCGAGCGGCCGCGCUCCCUUAUGAAGUGGCACAGGAUCGUUAUAUAAGGCGGAUAGCGGUCCGAGAUGAGAUGAGAGCGCGUCUCUGACAGAAUAGCAGCAACAAUAGUCUGGCCGUGCUGCGUGUUCCCGUGUCUGCGCUGGGUUUUAAAGGUUAAUUCAUUAACGGUCCCGCUAACACCGGGGACGCUGCUCCCUCCACUGCGCUGUCCGUUUGAUUUACUGUAAGCUAGGCGGCUAACCUGCCGCAGAUGAGCCGUGUGCGUAGCGGAAUGAUGAGCGGGAUGAACCACCAAGCUGUCGCAGAUGGGUCAGAUUAACUCCAAGAAACCCUUCCUGUAAUUUGGCGUGGUUAUAAUUUCUAUUUAAAAUUUAAUCACCGCCUUUGGUUUGAUCUGACCCCGAAGAUUUUUCCAAUAAAAGAGCAAAGAAUGGGCCCACGUCUUAAUUUGGGAAAGAAAAAAUUAGGCGCCUAAAGAGGGGAUAAGCUUGUUAGAUAAGCUUGCUCUGGGUGCUUUAUUGAGCCAACAAGCCUAGUGAGCGGUCAGUCUGGGCUCCCUCUGCUCCUCUCCUGGAGGCACCUCUCCCGGUUUUUACCUUCUCUGUCGUCACAGCGAUGGGCAGCGCUGGGCCGGUGGAAGUCGAGCCCAUGCCGGGGUACUGGGAGCUCCUCACCAGAGGCUCCAGCGCCCUGCUGAGCGCAUGGACAGACUGUAGCCACUGCGGUCUGGAGUUCUCCAAACGGACCCUCUUGGAUAACGCAUACAUCACCUGGACCGAAAUCGCCCUCUUUUUCUUUUGCGCCUUUUUGUGGACGAUAAUCAGGAAGAGACUGACAGAAAGUCUGUUUAAGCCCCUUGCACAGUGGUGCAGGCUGAUGCCCAAAGAUGCUGCCAAGAUGCCAGAGAGUGCGUGGAAGCUGGUCUUCUACACCAUGUCAUGGUCCUACAGCACCUACCUGCUGUUCUUCUCCUCCUACUCCUUCUUCAACAACCCGCCCUCCGUCUUCUCCAACUGGAAGAGUGGUAUGACAGUGCCUACAGACAUCGCCAUAGCCUACCUGAUCCAGGGUAGCUUCUACGGCCACUCCAUCUACGCCACCGUCAACAUGGACACGUGGAGGAAGGACUCUGCUGUCAUGGUGGUGCAUCACAUCAUCACCCUGGCUCUCAUUAGCUUCUCCUACGCCUUCAGGUACCACAACGUGGGCAUCCUGGUGUUGUUCCUGCACGACAUCAACGACGUCCUGCUGGAGUUCACCAAGCUCAACGUCUACCUGAAGGCCAGAGGAGGCGGCUACCACGUGCUCAACGACGUUCUGUCCAACAUGGGCUCCGUCAGCUUCAGCGUCACUUGGUUCUGGUUCCGACUCUAUUGGUUCCCUCUUAAAGUGCUGUACGCCACGUGUGUGUCCAGCAUCCAGUCUGUCCCCACCAUCCCCUUCUACUUCUUCUUCAACGCCCUGCUCUUCGCCCUACUGCUCAUGAAUAUCUACUGGUUCCUGUUUAUUGUGAUUUUUGUGGUGAAGCUGCUGAAGGUGAAGGAGGUGAACGACGUCAGGGAGUACGAAGACGAGGACGCCAGGAAGGCAGCAGAGGAGCUGCUAAAAGACGCAGAAAACAAUGAUGAUGAUGCUGGACAUCACAACUCAGCCCUGAGGAAGCACGUACAGAACGGCGUUAUCAAGGACAAGCAUCUAUAACAGGCUCUCGGGCGCCCCCUCCUGGCUCUGGACUGCACCUGCAGGCGCUCCUCGGACAGCAGACGUUCAAAACGUGACCGGACGGGAAAGAGCAUCACAAUCACAAAACAAAAGAAAAAAACAAGAAGAAGAGAAGGGAAAGUUAGGGUGCAAUCAGUUUAUAUUUUGUAUUUGUUUUAGAGCAUUUUAUUUUCAGUUUUAUUUUAUUAGAGCACUGUGAAUGUCAUUUCAGCUGACUUCCUGUCUUGCUGUUGUCGGAUUAACAUGUGAUAGAUCUAGUGGAAGCGAACCUUCUUGAGGGAGAGAUGAGGAUAGGACCCAGUCUAGAUGUGUUCUCUUGUCUUCGAAUAACCUGUAGGAACCAAGGGAACAAGCAACAGCAGCAUCAGGUUGAGGUUAUUUGUUUAGUCGUUCUUCCCUUUCCACUUCGUUAACUUCCAUCCAUCCGCUCCGACUUAUUGUAUGAGAAGAAAUGAUGGAUUAUCUCUGCUAAUCCUUCAUCUGCUUCCCAGUUUCCUACAACCAUUCAUUUGAACUGAGAGGCCAGACGCAGCGUUUGCAUGUUUUAGGACGCCAAGAUUCCGCAACCUUUAAAGUAACAGGAAUAAUUUAUUCCGUGAGACUUCUGACCCACAUGAACUUUGAAUAUUCCCUUGGAUUCCUCUCCAGAAAGCGCUCCUUUUCCUUUUUCUUGUGCUGUUUUGUCUCUGUAUAGGCUACAUAGCAUCUGUUGGUGCACUGACAUGAAGGCACACAAGCUCACUGCUGGUUUAAUGACGGCAAGCAGCUAGAAUUGAUUGACAGAGUCUUUACCGCAAUUUGAUUUGCUUACGAAAGAGAUUUCUAAUAUUGUUAAAUGAUAUUCAAUGUGUUCAGGUGACGGACGGUGGUGGAAAAUCAAAAACACAGUGUAUGCAGUCGCUCUACUAUUCAGGAAUGCAUGAAGUCAAAAUGAGUUUUGGAAAUGUGUGACGUAUUUUUCACAAAUCUUUUAGCUGUAUCACCAACAACUAAAACUGCUCCUGGAAAUCCUAACAAACAAGUCAGUAUUUUACACAUUCUCCCAGCGGCACCUAAACGCAUCUUCUUGAUAAAUGUGAUCAAACUAUACGCUGGAGAAAAUAAGCGUUGUCAGUGUUCUCGGUAAAUGUAUUUUUAAUGGUGUUGUUAGCAUGUAAUUCACAUCGGAUUUCAGUAACAUCCCAACUAAUAAACACUUACAGAGAAAUAAACACAUAUUAAUCUGCUAGUUAGGUCAUAUGUGAUAAAGUGGAGUGACACAAGAAAAAAAAGGAGGUGUAAAAAUGCAAAAAUGCUGAAAUCGGUUAGUACUUGGGAAAUCUGUUGCUCAAGGUUCAGUCGUAAUUUAUGGCCUCUAAAAAUGUUUCUCAUUUACAAAUUGUUGAAAGGUCUCUGCAGUCUUUUUACAGCAAAUUAUACAAUGACAUUUGUUAUAAACAAGAGAGAAUAUCUCACCAGAACCUUGAGGAUUUUAACUAGUUUGAAAGAAUGCAUCGAAACCACGUAGGUUAUCCAUCAAGGAGACUCUGUGAAGGUGUUCCACCAAAACAGAAUUUUCUGUUUCCUGUUUAUUAUCUGUGUCAUUCCACUAAGUUGGUUUUAUUCCCUUACAUGUUAUUACCGACAUCUGGGCUGAGUCACCUUAAAAAUAAAUGCGCCGUAAUAACGUUGCUGCGUUCAAUGCUUAUUUUUCCAGCUGUAUAAGAUGCACAUCUUGAAACCAGAAGCAAUUAGAAUUUUAAAUAUUUUUCAAAACUUGAACCACAAAUUGAAAACCCAAAGGAACCAUUUUCCUGAGGUGCCUGCUGGUUUACUGCAUGCCUGUAGAAGAGAAUAAGGAACGUUUCCACUUUGUCUACCUUCUCGAUCAAAUUCCAGCUCUUGUUUGGAGGGACAGCAUGCUUGUGCUGCUGGAGCAGGCCGCAGAUGUUUGAUAAUCUGUUCUCUUUCGUUUCUGUCUUCCAUCAUCCUCAAACCAAUGUUUCAGGAAAAAUUGAAGCUUAUCUUGAAAUUGUACUUUAAAUUAUGAUUAUUGUUGCUGUAGUUAAUUUGAUGUUUGUAUUUUAUUUUAUUUUAUUUUUUUCGUUUAAUUGCUGCUGUUUUUAUCUCUGAGAGCACUGUUUGUAUUCCAGAUGUUUUGUUUUGUUUUCUGCUGAUGUCGGUGACAGUCAUGUGAUCAGGGGACCAUCACUCACCUCUAUCUGGACCAACAUCUGGAUUCAGCCUUUGACCCGUUCCUGUUGAUCACUCUCUUAUUACUGUAGUACAUCUGUGCUGUAAACAACGCGGUCCGCCUGUUGCUCAACUACCUUCUCAGCUCUGAUACUCUAAUCUGUUUCUCAUUUAAUGACAGCAGUAAUCCCAGUGUGAGUCACAAACCCUGAAAUCUGUGAUCUGGAUUGUCUCACUACAUCAGAGGGCUGCGAAGCGAGGAGCAAACAACAAACUUUCUCUAGAAGUACCUGUCUAGAUGGUUUCUGUCACUAUUGCACCUCAGGGUUUGUUGGCUUUGGUGGACGUUUUUCAUCAAUGAGCUUUUUGAAAACCUUUACCCUUUUGGAGGUUUUGAGAUGCUGACAUCGGUAAAUAUGUGCAAAAAACCUUGAAAUAAAUGAAUAGUUUGUUG